AAUCUUCAGGAGGAGGUGUGUUCACAGCUUUGAAUUAGGGAGGUAUAAACAGGUAGGCGGAAAAGAGAGAGGCACUUAAAGAGAGACAGAUUAAGCCUCACUGAACAAAAUGGCAUUUUGGAAAAGUGUCUAUGUGGUGACCUGUGUGGUGACUCUUCUGGCUGUAGGAUCACAAUCACAACUGAAUGUAUGCGGCAGGCCACCCCUCAACACCAGGAUUGUCGGGGGUGAAAAUGCACCUGUGGGUAGCUGGCCCUGGCAGGCCAGUCUGCAUGAGAAUGGGAUGCAUGUAUGUGGCGGCUCUCUCAUCAACAACCAGUGGGUGAUGUCUGCUGCUCACUGCUUCCCCAGUACCAACACUGCACCCUGGGUGAUCUAUCUGGGUCGACAGACCCAGCAAGGAACCAACCCAAAUGAAGUGUCCAUGACCGUCUCUCAGAUCAUCCGUCAUCCGAGUUAUGUCUCGCAAACGAGUGACAAUGACAUCGCUCUGCUAAAACUCUCCUCUGCCGUUAGCUUCACUGACUACAUCCUGCCUGUCUGCCUGGCAGCAAGUGGCAGCACCUUCUUCAAUGGCACUAACAGCUGGGUCACUGGCUGGGGCAACGUAGGCGAGAGUGUGAGCCUGCCUUCCCCUGGCACUCUGCAGGAGGUGGAGGUGCCGGUGGUGGGGAACAGGCAGUGUAACUGCCUUUACGGAGUUGGUUCCAUUACUGACAACAUGAUCUGUGCUGGCUUACUGGCGGGAGGAAAGGACUCGUGUCAGGGUGAUUCUGGAGGUCCAAUGGUCUCAAAGCAGAACUCUGUCUGGGUACAGUCUGGGGUCGUGAGCUUUGGUUCUGGCUGCGCUCGCCCCAAUUUUCCUGGAGUUUACACCAGGGUGUCCCGUUAUCAGGCCUGGAUCACCUCUCAGAUCAGCAGUUCCCAGCCAGGCUUUGUCACGUUCACCUCCAGCGGCACAGAUGGCGACAACAGCAUAUCCUGCUCUGGCCUGCCACCCCUCACCACCCAAACAACCACUCCAACAACCACUCCAACAACCACCAUCAGCCCUUUCAUCUGUGGUGAGGCCCCCCUGAAUAAUCGGAUUGGUGGGGGGGGUUUGGCAGUAGAUGGGGCGUGGCCCUGGCAGGCCAGUCUGCAGAAGGGCGGGGCCCAUGUGUGUGGGGGCACCCUUAUCUCUGAAGACUUUGUUAUGAGUGCCGCACAGUGCUUUUCCAGCUCUAUGCCCAACGCCAGUGAAUGGACAGUGUUUCUGGGUCGACUGAGGCAGAAUGGCUCCAAUCCCUUCCAGGUUCAAGUGGGCGUGUCAGACAUCACUCUGAGCAACCUGACGGGGGCCAACAUUGCGCUGCUAAAGCUUGCCAGCAAGCCAACACUCACCAGUUACAUUCGGCCAGUGUGUGUGGACCUGGGCAAUGCAGCCUUCCCCGUGGGAACAAACUGCUGGGUGACAGGAUGGGGAGCUAACCAGGGUGGCGUGGAGGGAGUUCUCCAGGAGCUUCAGACCACUGUGGAGAGCUGCGGGACUAACUCCUCUUCUGACAACAUCUGCACUGCAGCUCUGCAGCUGGAGCAGGGAGAUGAAGGUGGACCCUUGGUGUGCAAGCAGGGUCGCUCCUGGUUUCAGGCGGCGGUGAUAACAUUAGAUAGCAACGGCACAGCGAACAGCAGCCUAAUAACGCGUGUUUCAGGCGUGCAGGUCUUCUCCAAGACAGCCCGCUUUUCGACCUUCCUAACACAGAAUGUGGGUACACUCCCUUCUCCAGCCACCAAUACCAAUGCCACCACAACGUCUGCACCUACUACUUCUGUCCCUGCAGGUGCAACUAGCAUUCCUUGGUCGUUCUCCAUCCUCCUCUUCCUGUUUCUGUCCGUCUUGCACCUCACCCUGCUGUCCAGCUGAUGGCACUGAGACCAUGAAGAUGUAUAGGUCUAUGCGUAGGCCAUGGUACCAUUAUCCUUCACAUGUAUAAUUUUAAAAAUUUCCAAAAAUACUAAGGAUAUAUUACAUUUCCCACACAAAUUGUACUUGAUCACAUCCAGGAUGGUUACAUCCUGUCUUGAUUUACUUUAUUCCAAAGUAGAGGGGGUUUUUUUGGUUGUUUUUGCCACAAAACAUGCUGUCAGGAAAGCGAUUUAUGACUACGUGACUGUAUAUGUGAAAAGAGCAAGCAGUUAUUGUAUGAAAGUAAUAUAACUGAACAUAUUAAGCUUUCCUGCACUGAGGCACUUUACCUUACUGCACUGAAAAGAACAAAUAUCUGUUGGUAUUGUAUUUUAUUCUACUGUGGUGUCCCCAAUGCCUGUGAAACAUUUUUAUGUCUGUGAAUAUCACAUCUGUGGUGUAAAUGCCAAGGCAGUUUGGUAUUAUUUUUGUUUUUGGAAAGUAAAAAAAAACCCUCUUGCCUACCUAAUAAAGCCUUCAACAUCAGAA